CCACCGAGCCUGCCUGCCCUGCACUUCACAUUGUGUGUGAACGGCGACUUCCCGGAGGCCCGGCCUGUGUCUUCCGCCCCUCAACGUCUGUCUGUAUCCGCCUGGUUUUCUGUCUGUCAGCCAGUCAGCCAGUCCGUCAGCCAGUCCGUCAAUCAGCCCGUCAGUCAGUCAGUCAGUCAGUCAUUCACUUGCUCACCCAGACAUAUCACCACACACCCAGUCCUGGUGUCAUGGCGCCUCUUAAGAACAGGAUCAACAGCACAUUUCAUCGAAUCAAUGACAAGAUGAAGCGGCACCGGUUAAGCGACGAUGGCGCAGCUGUCCCUUCCAAACAACCAAGGACUCUGCCGACCGAUGGCUUCCUCCAAGGACAACCUUCAGGCAACCAAAAUAACCUCUACCUUCCCGCCCAGCCUAGCAAACCUUCUUCCACCACCUUCGCCGUGGCGACCGCCGGACCUAGCUUUCCAGCCUCGUUUUCAAGCACUCUUCACGACUCCCAAACCACUGGAAAUGUGUGGUCCACCCCGUCGCCGACCAGCUCCAUGUUCGUCGAGUACACGCAUUAUUCUCCAGCAACCGAUUUUCCAGAAGGGCCAACCACGCGCGGAACGGCCGCAAAUCCGAUAGACCUCACCAGCGGGUUGGGAAGCCAGACUACGCCUGAAAAUCGCACCUCCCUCGUCGACUUAACUGCGUCUUCUUCUUCUACUCCAGACUUCAGUCAUUUUACGGCACGAGAUUCCACUGAACCCGAGCCUAUGGACCUGGACAAAGAGCCAGGUCAGGGAACAACGGAACGACAGUUUGCAACCCUUCACGAUAUGGGCAAUAGUUUCGCCCCUCCGGGCUGCCACGACGCCGAGAUUGCACAACUCAUCCAGGAGCAACACCAGAUGAUAGAAGAUGAGGCACUUGCCAGGGCUUUGCAGGCGGAGGAGGAAUCUAGCCUGCUGGCUAACCGGGCGGACCCCUCCUCGAUCCUGACCAACAUCUUCGACAUCGGAAGGGCAUUGCCGUCGCAGCUGUCUCCAUCCAGCAACGAAUCCGAGCUCCAGGUGUUUGGUCAGAAAAUACUUGAUGCUAAAUGCCGUAUCUGCACCUCUCCGCUAAUCCAAAACGCCGAGGACGUGAUUGAGCGGACAAUGGCGGCGUUGAAGGGCUGGGCCGUGUUACACUCGAACGUGUCCUGCCGGAAGUGUAAGGCCUGGACCUGCGUUGGGUGCGGGAUGCAGAACAAAUACCCUGACUCCCAAUUGCCCCACCGCGUCUCGGGUCAAGGUUUCAAACUCGCAUGGUGUUGUGAGCAGGGGAGACUGUUCCUCAUCUGGUCCCUCUGCUGUGGCCUGGCGCUCAACGAGCCCGAAGCUUCUGCUCCUACCAGCGCUACCAGCAGCAUCGGCAAGGCUCUGCGCAACAAGUUGAAAGCCCCGAAAUCAGAGUCUUCGAAUGCCCAGUCUAAGGGUACUGGGUACGGUGGAUAUAACGACUUCGGCAACGCCAUGGUACAGCGCUUUGUGGCUCCGAGGGACACGCAGAUAGAAUGCCGGAAAAGCACCGCGGCGAAUCCUUUUUGGGAAGCCUACUUCUCGGCUCUCGCCCUCAUCCUCCCCUCUCUGACGCGAGCUCAGGGGCUGACAAACCUCGACUACGACCCCCCCGCAUUGGUACAACUCAUGCUUGGCCGCAGCCCCCUCCUCUCGAAGACGAUGGAACUCCUGAGGAACGACUCGAUCGAGGAGAUAGCGGCCCAAGGGAGGCUGUACACUACCUCCCUGGACUUCGUCGAGGCCCUGGGCAAUCACACUUGCACGUCACACCUCAUUUUCGCCGAACAGAACAUAUAUCGGAGAGAGGAGCAACUGGUGUACUUCUCCUUGCCAAGGAGGGAGGGCCCCGACGGCGCCGGGACCACUGCCGCCGGCGGGAAAAUGGGCUCACGGGAGAAGCGAACCAAACCGGAGAAGGGGCAGUCCAUGCUCAGCGUCAUGGUCAAGCUCGCGACACAGUGCCGCCACUUCUACCAAGUCUCCCUGUCACAGACGCACUUGGCCGAGUUCAAGGAAGCCGAUGGCCAAUUCAUGCUCGACAUGUGCCGGCGGAUCUGCAACAUGGCCGACACGUUUGAUGGGACCCGGAAGGCCAUGGAGCAGGGUGGCCCCCACGGCGUAGGGUCAGGAAGCGGCAAGAAGCCUGUGGUCUGGACGCGAUCCAGAGAGGUCGAAAGGGCGCAGGAGGAGUUCAGGGAGUGGCACCGCGACAACUCAGUUACCGAUAUCGUCGACCAGCAGAUCAUGUCUGGCUUCGCAUUCAUCAGUUCAGCUGCUUCGAUGGGUGCGAUGCCGAUAAAGGGCCGCAUGAAGAAGCUGGCGGCGCAGGUGUCUGUCCUUCGGACAUCGCUUCCCGAGGGAAUCUACGUGCGGCAUGGCAGCUCCAGGCUGGACGUCAUGAAGAUUCUCAUGAUCGGCCCGAAGGGAACGCCGUACGAGAACGGCCUGUUUGAGUUUGAUCUCUUCUGCCCCGACGCCUUCCCAAUGCAGCCGCCGCUAAUGAGCUUCCGCACCACCGGCCAUGGUAGGGUGCGGUUCAACCCGAACCUAUACGAGGACGGAAAAGUAUGUCUCUCGUUGUUGGGCACCUGGUCUGGGGAACCAUGGAACCCAGAGCGCUCAACCUUGUUGCAGGUCCUCGUGUCAAUUCAAGGGAUGAUCUUCAAUGAUGAACCCUACUACAACGAGCCUGGGCGCGAAUCGGUGGUGAACAAGUCUGCGUCCACACUGUACAACAGCACCAUCCAAGCCUUCACGAUGAAGCACGCCAUGAUAUACUGGCUCAAGGAGCGACUAGCACCGCCGGUGGGCUCGUCCACCCAACAACAUCAACACACGCAGCCCUCACCCGCGUCUAGAUCAUCGGUGCCAGCGGCGCCACCCCACGUUUUUGCACCGUCACAGUUUAAUCCCCCACCGCCACCGCCACCGGUGAAUUUGCAGAUGCCAUUCCAUCAUGCACCUAUGGGGACGCAGCCCGCCCCUGUGGUGGCUGCUACCGUCGACGACUGCGUCUGGGGGGAGGUCAUCCGGAGGCAUUUCAAGGCCAACAGCAAGACCAUCAUGGAGACGGUCAAGAAGUGGAAGGACGCCAGAUGCCGCCUUUAUCCCUCCGGGGGGCUCGUCCCGACUCUGCAGGAGGAGUUGACCCGCCAUGGUUUCUUGUGAGUGCAGGAAGUUGGGGGAGGGGGACAUUUGUUUUGCCUUCAUGGGUCAG